AUGUCCGCCAAGGUGCCCAUCUACCUGAAGAGAGGCAGCAGGAAAGGGAAGAAGGAGAAGCUCCGCGACAUCCUCUCUUCAGACAUGAUCAGCCCACCCUUGGGAGACUUCCGGCACACGAUCCACAUCGGAAGCGGCGGAGAAAGCGACAUGUUCGGCGACAUCUCUUUCCUCCAAGGGAAAUUCCAUCUUCUUCCCAGGACUGAAAGCAGCUUCGACUCCGACCGGGACGGUCCGGACACAGCGCCGUUCGAGUUCUCCAGGACAGCCACCGUCUCCGGGCGGGAACAGGCAGCAUCCCCGCUCCUCAAAAACGCCAUCUCUUUGCCCGUCAUCGGCGGGCCGCAGGCCUUGACGCUGCCGGCGGGGAAGGCCGACGCCGCGACGCCCUUCCUCUCCCACGCCGGCUCCCUCCUCUCCCUCCACGUGGAUUUGGGGCCGUCCAUUUUGGAGGACGUCCUCCAAGUGAUGGAGAAGCACCAAGCGGAGAGGGCGGGCGGAUCGAUGCGGGAUCCAAGCAGGCAGGAAAUCCUGACGUGA